CGGGAGGAGAAGUUGGCGACAGUUACACACGACCAAACAAGAAGAUGGUCUAUUGUUGGUGUGUUUCCCCCUCUCCGCUGAAGGGACUAACCGUGGGAUUUGAGCGCUUUACCGGCUGAGGCUCGUCCUCGUCCCCCCCACACACCCCACCCUGUGAGGGACGUCUCUGUGUGAGGAGGAGGGCGGACGGCAACUUCUCUCGCUAGCGGUGGUCGGUCGGUCGGCCGCGGCCUCGGCCUCCAGUCCCAUCGCAGCCGCCCCGCUGGUGACACCCCCCCGCCCCCGCGGCAACAUGGGCUCGGUAUUGAGCAGGAGGAUCGCUGGGGUCGAGGAUAUCGACAUCCAGGCCAACUCGGCCUACAGAUACCCGCCCAAGUCUGGGAAUUAUUUUGCAAGCCAUUUCUUCAUGGGUGGUGAGAAGUUUGAUACGCCACACCCCGAGGGUUACCUUUUUGGUGAGAACAUGGACUUGAAUUUCCUGGGAAAUCGUCCUGUGCAGUUUCCAUAUGUGACACCAGCUGCCCACGAGCCGGUGAAGACCUUGCGCAGUUUGGUUAAUAUUCGAAAAGACUCUCUUCGUUUGGUCAGAUACAAGGAUGAAGCUGACGAUUCUCCUGAUGAGAAUUCGAAGCCGAAAGUGCUUUACAGUGUGGAAUUCACCUUCGAUGCCGAUGCACGUGUUGCCAUAACGAUCUACUGCCAGGCAACAGAGGAGUUCCAGAGUGGCAUGGCAGUAUAUACAUCAAAGCACCCAUCCAUGCACUCUGAGACUGUCCAUUGCAAGAGAGGAGUGAGCCAGCAUUUCUCUCUUCCUUCUUUUAAGAUUGACUUCUCCGACUGGAAGGAAGAUGAGUUGAACUUUGAUCUCGAGAAAGGAGUUUUUCCUUUAGUCAUUCGGGCCGUGGUAGAUGAAGUGGAUGAAUACUCUGGUCAUGCCCAUAUUCUUUUGGCUGCAAUGGAAAAACAUGUCGAUGGAAGCUUUUCUGUGAAGCCCUUAAAGCAAAAGCAGAUUGUUGACCGAGUCAGUUAUUUAUUACAAGAAAUAUAUGGUAUUGAAAACAAAAAUAACCAAGAAACAAAGCCUUCAGAUGAUGAGAACAGUGACAACAGCAAUGAAUGUGUUGUAUGCUUGUCUGAUCUGCGAGAUACUUUAAUCCUACCUUGCAGACAUCUGUGCUUGUGCAGCACCUGUGCAGAUACACUACGUUACCAGGCGAAUAACUGUCCUAUCUGCAGGCUACCAUUUCGUGCAUUGUUGCAAAUCCGAGCUGUGAGAAAAAGGGCUGGGGCUUUGUCACCCGUGUCGUUCAGUCCUGUCUUGGCACAGACUAUGGAUCACGACGAUCAUUCGGCAUCUGACCAUGUUCCUCCUGGAUUUGAGCCAGUUUCCCUUUUGGAGGCUUUAAAUGGAUUACGAUCAGUUUCUCCGUCUAUCCCCCCGGCUCCAUUAUAUGAAGAAAUAAACUAUUCGGGAAUUGGAGAUGGUUUGUCUCCAUCCAGCAGACAGCUAUCAGCAAUAGAUAGGAUGGUGGAUAACUGUCCCCAAAAGCCCAAACUGAGCAAAUCCUCCGAAAGCAGCCUGCGAUCUCCAUCUUCCCCCAUACAAGAAGAAGACGAAGAGAAACUCUCUGAAGAUUCUGAUCUGUUACAAAAGAAUGGGCCGCAGCUCCAAAGUGGAACAAGCUCCCAAGAAGUUGAGAAAACGGAAGAUUCCCCGGAAAAACAUACGCACAGUCCAGUUGACAGACCUCGCUCUGAGGAAAUUGUACAAGAUAGCACCAAUGAAUACGGUAGCCAUGCUAAAGAAGAUGGGGACACUCCUCUUGCAAUUUCCCUACCUGGAACUUCGGACUCUACCGAGAGCCUGAAAAGCCAGAGCACCAACAGCUCAUCUCAACCUCUCCUUGCUGCCUCAAAUGCUGUCCUCAUAGAGGAUGAGAGCCAGGUUCCUUGAGAAUGUACGAAUUAGCAGCAGAAUGACCAAUUGCAUGUGCCAUGUAAGAUCUACUGUCCCUGUAUCAGUUUUGUCUUCAUGACACACUUAACUGUUUUUUUUUUUUGUUUUUUUUUAAAAAAUAGUUCGCCAUGCUCCAUGGUGUCCUGAAUUAUCAUUUGCACCAUGUACAUUUAACACCCUCAUGACCCAAACUUGCAUUCCUCUUUAAUCUGUUACUGGCAGUUUUGACUGAUCCAUUCCCUGCAGAGGUCAAAGUGUUUAUAACUUAUAAUGUUUCAUGCUCUGUAAUACAUUUCAAAAAUACAUUAUGCACUAACAUAGAACACAAAUACUGAUUCGGCUUAUUAAUCUUAUUUCCCCUCCCCACCCAUACUAAUGACACGGGAAACCAAGGCAGUUCACCGGCCUUGAUCAGGUUUUUCAUGUUUAAAAAGUACAAUUAAAGCAUUUUGCAGUUAUAUCUCUGAGUUAAAGUGCGGUGCUGAAGAACAUGUGAAAAUGCAAGGCAUUUAUUUAGUGCUCCAUUUAAUAUAGAUUGAAGCUGUUUUGGAUUUUCCAAUUAUGUUAUGUAAAUAACCAUUGAUAAUGCAUGAUUUAAAAAGUUGCAUCACUCUUUUAAAAGAACAGCCCUAUAUGUCCUGAAGUUUGUACUUUGGACAAUUAUUAUAUCAUCUAUACAUAAUUUCCCCCCCCCCCUGCACGUCGCUUUUUAAAACUAUCUUCCCAGAUACUGAAACAUCUGACUUUACUCUUCCCGUCUGUCUUGGUGUGAUUGACUCUGGACACUAAACCAUGUUUUCGAAUGCUCUGUAUUAGAAAACCAUUAGAAGACUUUAUUUUCCAAUAUAGUCUUUAAAAAAAAAAAAAUCACUUACUCUCAAAGUAUAUAAUUUCUUCUGACCACCUUAAUCUUUGAAAUUGUUGAAUAUAAUCUGCACAUUAAUGCAUAGUCUGUGAUAUCUUGUAAUCUGUUCAUCUUUGUGGUGUCUACCUCAUUAACUCAUGUUUUAAUAUGGCAGUAGGGUAUGGAAGAUUAGCUUGAAGCAAAUAUGACCCACAUAUGUUUCAGUGUAGUUAAAUCUUAACUUUUGCAGAUGAUAGGUUCUGGCAUGGUGGCGCAAAGGUAACCUUUGCAGCCUUACAGCGCCAUAGACCCGGGUUUGAUCCUGACUGUAUGGAAUUUGUGCGUGCUCCCCAUGACCUGCAUGGGUUUUCUCCGGGAUCUCCGGUUUCCUCCCACUCUCCAAAGACAUUACAGGUUUGUAGGCUAACUUGCUUGGUAAAAAUUGAAAAUUGUCCCUCGUGUGUGUGGGGUUAGUGUGAGUGUGCGAGAAUUGCUGGUCAUCGCCAACUCCGUGGGCCGAAGGGCCUGUUUCCGUGCUGUAUCUCUAAACUGAACCAAACUAAAAAUGGUUGCGAAUCUCGUAAACUAUUGUAUUGCACAGCAAAGUUGGUAGCCCUUUGUAAAUCAGAGCAACGGCACAUUUGCGCUGUAGAUAUCGAGAUGGCUUGUUACAAUUUUGAUUCUAACUGGAAAGGGUAAGAGCAGGGCAGGGAUUCUCAACAGCAAGGCCUCUAACGCAAAAACGAUCCAGUGAGUGCAAUGAAAAAACAUACUUUGAACAGUGUUGAAAAGUUAAAGGCGGCACACUUGUUCCACCAAAGCAUAAACACACCCUCAUCUGAUCCUCCAAGGAGAGUGGUUUAACACUUUUAUCACCUUAAACAGUCCCAUUGAUAAUAUUUUUAAAGUUCCAAUUCGAAAUGUUAUCCUGGCAUAAAUGUGAUGCCGGCAGUAUUAGAGAUUCCUUUUGCCUGUGAAAGACGUAUAAAUGAUGAUCAUUGUAAUCAGUGACAAUUCUAGUGUAUAAGGAGCGGGUAUUAGAGUGUGUAAUUCCCAGAAAAAAUGGUGUACCAUGCAGCUCGGCUCUAAGGGCACAAAGCAUGCCUGAUUAGCCCCUCUUAACCACAUGAGAAAUAAGGAAGACGACUAUGGUAGAUGUUGUAUAUUGUUGGUUAGAUGCUGCUCCCACUUGUUUAUCUGUCUUGCUAUAGUUUCAUUGCAGCCAACCAGGAAUGCUGCACCAUCAGGGUUCAAUUGGAAAUUCACAAAGCUGCGUAAAUCAGAUAGGUGGAAGAACAUGAAGUAAGUUAAACCAGCAAAACUGCAGUGCGCCAAUGCCAGGAUUUUCCAUUAUUCCUGAAUCAAUCUAUUUGUUUGAGAUUUGAUUUUAUCCUCUUCUCCCCCCCCACACCCCCUCCUCAAAAUAAAUAUUUUAAAUUGUGUAUUUACAUCAGACUCCAUUUGAGCAAUCUGCUUAAGCUCUUCGCUACAUCUGCAGAGAAGUUGCUGAUGUUCCAUGCUGGUACUGCUGUAUAACUGAACAUUGGAUUCCUUCCUAAAAUACCAUCACACCAAUUUUAGUUUAGUUUAGUUGAGAGAUACAGCGUGGAAACAGGCCUUUCGGCCCAUCGUGUCUGCACUGGCAAUCCCCACACAUUAACACUAUCCUACUCUAGGGACAAUUUUUACAUAUAUACCAUGCUAAUUAUCCUAUAAACCUGUGUGUCUGGAGUGUCGGUGGAAACCGAAGCUCUUGAGAAAACCCACGCAGGUCAUGGGGAGAAGAACGUACAAAUUCCAUACAGACAAGCAUUGAACUUGGGUCUUUUAAUUGUUAACUCUUAAUUGUUUUAAUUUACUCUCUGCAACAGAGACUCUCGCUGUUCCAUUUCAGUCGCCAUUUACUCAGAUUUUCAUCAGAUUUUGAUAGAUGAUACUUGCGCAAAAGCAAAUGAUUAAAAUAUGCAGGUAAAUUUGAGCACAGAUAAAUACUUAAUAAUGUUUUAAUAUAGUUCUUUGCCAGUCUGCACUUCAGAUUAAAGACGCUGUUUCUGACUAUGCUCAAAUCCAUUCAGCUGUUUAAAAAAACAAAAAAAAAAGGUUAAUGAUCAGAAUAUGUGUUAGGUUUAUGUACAUCAUGCUACUCGUGUAUGUAACCUUUUGCUGUAUUCAUGUUAUUCUUGAAUAUUUGAUUUUUGGUAUGAUUAAGACGAGGCGAGUUAAGACUAUUCAGUUGAGAUUAAUACAGCAUAUUCAUUCAGCUCCAUCUGCUGACAUUGUAUCCUUAUUCUGUGCCUUGUACCUGAUCUUAUGAUGAAAGUAAAUGUCAUAAAAAUCUUGUCAUUUGAUCCGGUGAUUGUGAUUGAGCAAAAUCUCGAAUUUCAAACUGUUUUGGAAGAAAAUACUAAUUUUCUAUUUACUGUAGUAUAAAUAAAUGCUUAGUUGAAUGUAUUGUGAAGUGACGGAAAGAAUACAUGAACAGCAAAGAAUGGGUUAUCUUGCAGAAUCAUGUUGAAGUACUUUUGUCCAACGUAGAUUUUUAAUACGUAGUCACUUAUUUCCAUAGAGCUUCAUCGCUGCAUUUAAUUCCGAAUGUAUUGAGUGCAUCAUUUUAAAAGAUUGAAGAAAUACUCUGUAAUUUCAUAUGGAUGUGAUUUUACAUUUAUUUGUAGGAUAUUGUAUUGUAAUAAAAUGUUGCAACACUAAA